CGUGGGGUAGGGACUGCCCUUUUGUUGAUGGCGGGGUCCCGUUCCCCGCCCGGAGUUCCCGACUGUCGGGGACAUGCCGGCACCUGAGAAGAGGUCUGGCGCUGAAUUAUUGAUAAAGAAGCCGAGUACUUCUGCUUUUCUAAGCUUUUCUAUAGAAACUGUGUUUAAGGGGGGAGAUGCAAACGCUGCCAAGAACUAGAGAUGUGACUAUUUUAAACAUGUAAUCACGGUUAUUUAAGAUGGUGAAAAUAAUUUUGUUAUAAAUGCAGCUGAGCGAUUUGCUGUCAUAUUUAAUAAAUGAAAUACUAAGCUAUGUGAGGUUUUUUUUUAACCCCUGGUAGGGAGUAUACACUACUGAGGGAAUUGUCUCAAGCAUACUCAUUAUUUGAAAUUAUGUUUGAGUUACAUCUGAAGGCAUCAUUUUAAGAAGUCUAACUUCAACAAUAAGUCGGUGAAAAAAAAUCAGAUUUAAGAAUUGGUUUAUCAGUUCUUCUGUUCUUUUUACACUUCUACUCCGCUUGCCUGCUUAAAUGCUUUAAGCAGAGCUCAAACUUGAACUUCAGUAGCAGUGGACCCAUCAAGGUUGCUUUUUUUAAAAACCUGUGUUUACUUUGUAGCUUUUGUAUCGCCUGUGACUUGACAUAAGAAUAAAUACAGAGUAUCCAGUUGGCCUAACAGCAACAGUUUAGCAGACCCUGAAACUUAACAAAUUCUGAGGCCAAUUAAAACAUCUGUGGUCUGCACAGUUCCUUAGCAUGUGUUGUUUUUACCUUCACGUAGUCAGAGUAGCCUACUGAAUUCAGUUACCAUUAGUACUUGGAAUGUGGGAUUAAACCAUUGAGAUCCUCACAAGCUGUUGUUUGCCGUGGGCUUCAGUACUCCUAUUUCAGCUAGCUGGUGUUGCUGGCAGUAGCAUGUCCUGCUGUGGCUCCCUGUCAAUUAUGAGGUCAGGCUGAGCUGCAAGCAUCAUGAUUCCAUGGCAACAGAGGAUUCCCUGAUUCUCCAGAGAGAAGAUGGCACACUUGCCUUAUGGCUAAGGUUACUUUUAUGCUUCAGGUGACCCAACGCAAGAAGAAAAUGAAAGGCAUUAAGAAAAAUCUUACAGAAGAACAUCUAUACCUGGACUUUUCUCACCAAGUAGAAGGAUGCAUCUUUCCUCUUCAUACAUCUGUAACUUUAUUUUUGUUAUCAUAUUGUGACUGCAAAAUCUUUAAAGUUUGCUUAGUCCUUACUGCAGAAAGUACAGAUAUUUCACUACUUAAAAAUGUACUGUCCCAGGAUGUUGAAGUACACAUUAUUUCAAGGCAGGAGCUUCCACCGAUAGUCCAGAAUUGCUGUUUACCUGCAGUAGUAGAAAGACCAGACAAUUUUUGUAGAGCAGGACUUGCUGUUGUACUGAGACACAUAAUCCAGAAAUCACAUGAAGCAGACCCCUCAAAGAAGGAAAUCUUGGAACUUCUGGGUUUUAAGAAGACUUGCUUGAAAGCCUGUGCUGAAGUUAGUCAGUGGACCAGGCUGUGUGAACUCACCAUCCCUUUAGCUAUUGAGAAUUUUCUCAAAGAAUCUUGUGACCAGCACCCCACUAUCCCUGCAGAAAUACUACAGCUGGAGAAAAAGCUCAGCGAGCCUGUGAGAGUGCACAACGAUGACAAACUCCGUCGGCAGAAGCUGAAGCAGCAGAAGGCUGCUGGAGCGGGGCCUGCCCCUGCCCAGGAGAAAGCAAAGGGCCAGACCCACAGACAGGAAGCGCCGGAGGAGCUGGACUCUUCGUCCCGGAGCCUGGAACUAAAAGUGGCCUUCUCAAAGCUCACGGUGCAGGAAGACCCAGCUGCUCCCAACAGGGAACCUUCUCAUAUCAGAAGGGCGGGCACUUCCGCCCUUCCUCCCCUGGAGCACGUCUUUGCAGAGGGCCUGUACUUCACUUUGGCGGACCUCGUGCUCCUGCCCUGCAUCCAUCACUUUUUGGUAAUUAUCUGCAGGAAACUUUCUGAAAGGCUGGUAGAAUUUCCACUGCUGGCCGCCUGGUACCAGAGAGUUCAGGAGGUGCCAAGAGUGAAAACAGCAGCUUCUCGCUGUGGGAUCCAGUUUCUCCGUUUACCAGAGUUGCCCACCACCCCCAGCGAACAGCACCCAAACGUCAGUGAGACCCCUGGGGCAGAGGAGCACAAUGACCCUUUGUUUAUAGGAGGCCCGAGACCAACUAUGACCAAGUUAAUGGAAAAGGGCAUUGAAGUGAUGUUUUCUCCCCACCCUUGCCCUGCUUGGACCCUUGACUGGAAUAGUCUUCCUGCAGCAGUGAGCCCAAAAGAAGGGAAGAUGUCCAGUGACCGAGCUCUGAGGAAGCAGCAGCAGUUGAACAACCUUGUUUACGUGGUGACACAUCAGGCCAGGCCUGGGGACAGGAUCGUGGACUUCUGCAGUGGUGGGGGCCACGUUGGGAUUGUCCUUGCCCACAUGCUGCCCUCGUGCCAGGUUACAUUAAUAGAAAACAAGGAAUUAUCAUUAAUUCGUGCUAAGAAGAGAAGUGAAGAGCUAGGCUUAAGCAACAUUUGGUUCAUUCAAGCAAAUAUGGAGUAUUUUACAGGGAUGUUUAAUAUUGGGGUGGCGCUGCAUGCGUGUGGAGUGGCCACGGACAUGGUGAUCGAGCAGUGCAUCAAAACCCGGGCCUCCUUUGUCGCCUGCCCUUGCUGUUACGGUUUCGUCCAGAACACCUCCAAGUUUAACUUUCCAAAAAGUGAACAAUUCAAGAAAACUUUAUCUUACAAGGAACACAUGAUUCUGUGCAGAUUCGCAGAUCAGACAGCUGUCCAGCUCCCACCCCAACGAAGGCUCACGGGGAAGCAGUGCAUGUGCCUGGUGGAUCUGGAUCGAGCGAGAGCUGCAGAAGAACGUGGCUACUCUGUUCAAGUGAUAUCCAUGGAGCCAGAGAGCUGCUCUCCCAAAAAUAACAUGAUUGUGGGAGUCCCCAUUUAGGAGAUCAUCACGUUUGACAUUGUGCCACCUGACUGGGUGACGAAAGCCCAGUGGCAUUCAGGAGGUUCUUGGCGGAGCUGGGAACCAGCACCAGCCAUCUUGAACCUGUUGUUCUCAGGAAGGAAAGCAGCGGGAAAAUCUUGGCAGAAAGGCUGCCUGCAGAGCAUCACAAAUGCUCUUACAAUGUGCGAUUGAAGGACCGCUGAGUCCAUGGUGGACUCCCCGAGUCUCGGCUGCCAGCAGAGUAACACUCGCCGGUGGAGCACCCAUCACUGGAGUAACCAUUCCUUCUCAGUUCACAGUGUCGCUGACCUUGCCAAUGUGGUGUUCAGUUCAAAACAGUGUACCUGCAGCCUUUGUGAUCAUUAGAUGUUCAAAUGGAGACAAAACUAGAGUCAGUGGGGUUGGUUGUUUUUUAUAUUGUUAACAAUUGUACUUUUUCUAUAAUUUUUUUAAAAAUCAAGUCAGGUAAUUACAGUAUGGUUAAAUUUUUAAGCUGGGGUGAGUUGGACUUGCAUAUCAUUCUGUAUACUCCUUUUAAAUAUAUUUUCCGUAAAUUACCCAAAUGAGAUCAUUGCUGGUUCAAACAUUUUAUAUGAAGACAUUAUAAAAUAAUUGCAGUAAAUUUCCCAUUAUGGGAACAUGUAAUUUGGACAUAAAUUCUAACUAAUCAGUAAAUACAUUGAUUAACUAACUCAAGUCUAUAAAUAGUUAUUGAGAAUCCAUUAUUUUCAAGACCUGGGCCUAGAUUCUUCUAAGGAUACAAAGAUGAGUUGCAAGAGACACAGUGCCUUGCCUGUGGAGGUAAAUCAUCUAGAGGAGAAAGAUGAAUGAAUUAGUUAAGUUCUUUAUGUCAUAAUAUGUGGUCACAGGAUUUGUUGUUCAGAUAUCAAUCAUGUUUUUAUUUAUUUUGGUAAAUCUCACUGAGUAAUGCACUGGCGGUGAGAGGAGUACAGAGUUUGGAAGCUGAUUUGAACAGUUCUCCCUGCCAAAUUCUCUGUAUUCUACCAGCCAAAGUUUCUCAAGACAGAGGGCAUGUCCCUUUUCACGUGCUGCUAAGUGUGUAACUUGUACAUGUCCUAGGUGAUUCCAUUUGAGACGAGGUGUAUUUCAUCACUUUUGAUGUUUUCAAUCCCUGCCUGACACAUGUCAUGAGGAGAAAUGACUUCAAUAAAUCACUGUUUCAUCACUGUG